GGGCAGUAAUUUUGCUCGAAAUAUUACCAAUAACAAAACUUAUCAUUGUGUGUAAACUAUUAAAAUAUAAUUAUACUUUAUUUGAUCUAAUCCACAAUGCUCAAACUUUUUACUGAUAUUAAUUCAACUGACGGUCUUCCCAUUAAAAGACUGGCCAACAAACUCACACAUUUAUAUCAAGCUGAAUCUCGAUUUAUGAACCAUCGAAUUUUCAACAUCAGAUGCCUUAAAAAUGGAAUUAUUCCUGUAUACAUGAAAUUAAAAUCACCAAUAUCUACUGAUAAAGCAAAUGCAGCGCUCACACAUGCCUCAAAAGUAUGCAUCAAAGAAAACCUACGUGGAAUUAUACAAAAGCUAUUCACGAUAAGGAAAGAUAUUAAUGAAAUAAAAGAAAAAUUGAAAGAAGUAAUCGAAAAAGAAAAGUAUGAAAGCAUACUACAAGUUGCACAAAAACGAAAAGAAACUACUUAUGAAAAAACAAAGCAGAAACAAAUCAAAAAAUUUAAUAAACUCAUGAUAGCGAAAACUCCGAAUGACAGACAAGUAACUAAAGCCAAUUGGAUUGUAAACUUGUCAGACAGAAAGUUAACAGAAGCAGAGGAAAGUGUAUUGAUGAAAGGGAUGAACUUCAAUAUCAGCAACAAAAGAUUAAAACCUGAAGACAUCAUACCUGUAAUUGAAACAGCACUCGAAGGAUAUGACAAGCAAAAAGCUGAACUGGUACGAGCACAAUGUGCACUUACAUUAAAAAAGCAAAAAGCAGAAAAACCAAAUAUAACGAAAGAGGAACUAAAAGCACUUCAAGACAUAAAAGCAGACAAAUCCAUUGUCAUUACUCAAGCAGACAAAGGAAACACAACAGUAUUACUUAACAAAACAACAUAUAAUCAAAAGAUGAAUGAACAUCUACAAUCUGGACCCUAUACCAUAAUGACUAAAUCAGCUGAAACGAUCAUCAACAAAACAAUGAAAGAAACAGCAAAGGUAGUUAGACAAAUGAAAGAAGUAAUCGGUAAGUCAAAAUGGUUUGAAAUUAUGCCAAAAUCCUGUAAUGUACCUAGGAUAUAUGGUAAGAUAAAAUUGCAUAAAGAGGGAUAUCCAAUAAGACCGAUUGUAGACUUCAGAAACACACCAACGUAUAUGCUAUCCAGAUUUCUCUCGACAAUACUAAGACCGACAAGAGACAACUCAAAAGCUAGAAUAGUAGAUUCAUUUGAAUUAGUGAGGCGAAUAAAAACCACUAAAAUAGAGGAGGAAGAAAUACUAGUUAGCUUUGAUGUAAACAGUCUUUAUACGAAAAUACCCAUUCAAAUGGCCAUGAUUGCACUGAAAGAGAAACUAAAUGAAGAUAAUGGCCUGAAAGACAGAACACAGUUAUCCGUAGAAGAAAUAAUAAAAGGGGUAGAAUUCUGUCUGACAACAACAUAUUUCACAUUCGAAGGAAAAAUAUACCAACAAAAUGAGGGAGUAGCCAUGGGAUCGCCUAUCUCACCAAUUAUAGCUGACAUUUUCAUGGAUUAUUGGGAGGAGAAUGCCCUUAAACCAUUCAGAUCAUCACUAAAAUGUUGGUGGAGAUAUGUAGACGACACGCUAGUAAUAGUGAAAAAAACGAUACUGAGAAACUUUUAUCACACAUAAACAAACACGUCGACUCAAUAAAAUUUACUAUGGAAUUAGAGAAUGAAAUUGGAGAACUGCCCAUGUUAGAUUGCAAGCUACAAAGAAUGACAGAUGGUAGCAUAAAAACAACGAUAUAUAGAAAAGCCACACAUUCUGGAAGAUUCCUUGAUUAUUACUCAGCUCAUCCACUCUCGGUAAAACGAGGAUUAAUACAGGGUCUUGCAGAUAGAAUACGUAGACUUACAACAGCACCAGAGGACCAGCGUAAAGAAAUAAAAGUCCUAUUCAAAAUGCUACUCGAAAACAACUACCCUAGAGAAUUUAUAAAAGAUAAUAUAAAAAAGAGAAAAAAGAGGGUAAAACCGGAGAAUAACAAGAAGGAAGAAUGGAAAAAAACAGUCGCAAUACCAUAUAAAAAUGGUACAUCAGAGGCAAUACAAAGAAACCUCAAAAAUAUCGGCAUUCGAACAACCUUUAAACCGACAAAUCUAAUCAAAAAUAAAAUAAAUCAACUAAAAGAUCCCAUAAAAAUGAUGGAUAAAAACAAUUUGAUUUAUAAAAUAUCUUGUGCUGACUGUCCAACUAAAUAUGUGGGGCAAACGUCCAGAUCACUCAAAAUAAGAGUGAAUGAACAUAAACGCCUAACUAAAGGUCAACCAACAGGGACACAAGCUUACAAAAAUCUUGAAAAAAAUUCAUCCAUAGCUGCACAUGCAUGGGACAAAAACCACAAUAUCGAUUGGGACAAUGUGUGUAUUCUAAAAACAAACAUGAACAAAUGGAAAGAAAGACUCAUAACAGAAUCGAUAUUCAUUAAAGUCACACCGGAUACAUGUAACAAGGGUGACUCAGUACAACUAUCAACAACUUGGAAUAUAAUUCUAAAUACAAACACAUGAAUGAAUGUGGAGUAUAAUUCUGAACACACAUAUGCACACACAAACAUGAAUGAACAGAAAAAUAAUAAUAAUGAACUAUAUAUAUGAAUACAAAUCAUAAAUGUGUGAAUAAAACAAUUCCAACAGUGGUGUGAACACGGGCAGUAAUUUUGCUCGAAAUAUUACCAAUAACAAAACUUAUCAUUGUGUGUAAACUAUUAAGAUAUAAUUAUACUUUAUUUCAGUCCUCAAAGUCCUAGUCAUCUGAAGUCUUUCCAUUGGUCCGAAGCACUGCUAUCUUAUCGCUGUUCUGGAUAUGAAUCAUGA